AUGCGCCUCCUCCAUCUUACCUCGCUGUGGACCGUUAGGCCCCGCCUGCUUUGAUUUGAUUGGCCAUCGCAGUCAUUUUAAAACCUUUCCGUUACCCUGACAACGAACAGAGCACUGUGUAACUGAGAGCAGCAAGAAUUCACAAGAACAGAGGAACGACGAUGUAGUGAUUUCUGAUCACCGAGGAGGACUCUGUUCGAUGGAAACCCAGCCGAGCAGCGCUGAUGUAAAGUCGUCUCAUCGUGGGGUGCUGUACUUCCAAUCCUAAGGAUUGAUCCGUCGUCCUGUAACGCCUGCACUUACUGUACUGUUCUUUUAAACGUGUGUUGUUUCGCUCCGAGUGAAUCAGCUGAUAAUGCCUUACAUCGCUGUCCUCCGGCGACUCUGCUGUUUUACGCUUGUGUGUUUGAAUCUAUGCAGACAGAUCGGAGCAGAUCUUCAUGACUUGAGACACAUUGCGCCUUAAACAAAUCAAUAAAUCUCCACGCUGGUGCGUUACCGUGCCAGUGUUUGUUUGUCUGUGAAAUCAAUCCUUCACCCAGGACUCAGGACUCGGGUCAUCCAAGAUGUAAUCAGAUCUGGAGAAAUCACUUGCUCUGCAGUGAAUGGGUGCCGUCAGAAUGAGAGUCCAAACAGCUGAUAAAAACAUUGCAGUUCAUCCACACCACUCCAGUUCUUCGGUUAACAUCUGAAGAAGGGAAACGAUGCAUGUUUGUAAGAAAUAAAACUAUCGUUGCCUAAAUCCUCUAUCCAUAAUAUUGCUUUCUCCAGCGAACAAAUCUAUUCUGACGGCACCCAUUCACUGACGUAAAGCCACAUUUCUCCAAAUCUGUACCCAUCUUGGAUUUUCUGAGGGUGAGCAAACUCAUUUUCGGGUGAAUUUUAAUUUGGUCUCCUAACAAGACUGGACAGCAAUCAGUUAUUUCGGAGGUUUACUUUGUUUUGUUGUUAAUUACUAAUAACGUGUCUAACAGUUUUGUACAUGUAUAAAUUAUGGCAAUUUAUGUUUCUUACUUUUAUUUAUACUUUUCAGAUCAAAAAAUAAAAUCUAUAUUUAAAAAAUGCUGCUCUAUGUCUCAUUCUUUUCUGCUUUUAUGAAAACUCUAUAAUUGCGAGGACGAAUCGGUAUUUGAUACCCAAACAAAGAGCUGUUUUCCUGAUUCGUUGUUCUUUAAACACCGUCUAUUUCUGCAACUCAUUCGUUAAAAGCGCAUUUUAAAACUCCCAUCGUGUUUUAAAAUAUCUUCUUCUGUGUUCUGCAAAAAAAAUACAAAUAAAACGGAGUAAAUGAUGACCGGCUUUUCGGCAAACUUUAAAGAGUUAAACCAUUAUAAUUAUGUUUUUUGGUUUUUUUAUGGAAAAUUACAAGUACACUUGUUGCCCAGAUGCACAUGAGUGGUCUUUCCUUCACCAAGGCUGCAUGUAUUUGACCACAGAUACAAUAAAACAGUAAUAUUGUAACAUUAACAUUAUUAUCAAUUACUAUAUAUUUUCUGAGAACAUUUGAAAUUCAGCUUUGAUCGCGUUUCUAAAAAAUUCGAAAUUGUUUUAAAUUGUAAUAUUUCCCACUAUUGCUGUGUUUACUGAAACCCUUUGGCCUUGUAACUGUAACCGUUUACCUCAGGCUGAGAUUUACGAAAGACACUUUCAUAAAAGAGAGAACGAAGUUCGUGUCCCAUCUGACUGCUGCAUGUGCUUCUAGUUAACACCCAUAAUAUCCGCCCACGUUUGCUGCUCAAUGCUUGCCAAGUGUAAAGAACGGACACAUGCACUCCACCCAGGUUAUAGCACUGAUGUAAUACGGAACAAAAGCGCAACAGUGCGAAGAAAAAAGCAAUAAUCUCACAUAUGAUUAUUACUGAUAAUUAACAACUGUGGUGAGAAGCCGCUCAUGUACUGAUUUGUAAACGAUGCAAUGCAAAACAAAGCAAUGCUACUUAUACCGUAGUAAUAAUAAGCAGUGUAGCCCAGAGGGUCUGUUACGCAGCUCAUGAUGGGCAGGUUCUCCUCAGAUCAACACAUCGGAGAGCUCCGGGUCUCAGACGUCUCCGAGCUUCACGUCCGGUGAGGAGGAUGGACUUCAGGGCUGUGAAGUUUGCGCUUUGUGUGCUUUGUCUGGUGCGCUGCAGCCCCGAGCAGAGCUCAUCAAAGAGAAAGAACGGCAAAAAAGGAACCGAAGAGUCGAACAGCGCUGCUAUUGAGGAGCUGAAGAAACAGAUCGAGCAGAUUGUGCAGGACCUGAACCUGCUCAAGGAGCAGCAAGCUUUACAGACAGUUUGCUUAAAAGGCGCCAAGAUCCCAGGCAAGUGUUUUCUCGCGGACACGACGAAGAAGAGCUUCCACGCGGCAAACGAUGACUGCAUCGCCAAAGGAGGAACGCUCAGCAGCCCCGUCUCUGGCGACGAGAACGACCAGCUGCACGAUUACGUGCGGCAGACCGUCGGGCCAGAAGGCCACAUCUGGUUGGGCGUGAAUGACAUACUAAAGGAGGGCGAGUGGAGCGACCAGGCGGGCUCACCGAUACGCUUCAAGAACUGGGAGUCAGAGAUCACCCAUCAGCCCGAUGGAGGCCGCGGUCAGAACUGCGCUGUCCUCUCCGGCGCGGCCAGCGGGAAGUGGUUCGACGAGGACUGCCGAGGAGAAAGAGCGUCUGUGUGCCAGUUCAACAUCGUCUGAGCGUAUUAGAGACAUUUUCAGUAGAAUGUGUAGCCCAAAAAUCCAGUUAAAGGUACAACAUGUAAGAUUUUUUUGCAUUCAGAAAGUACUUAUAACAUUACCUUCAAGAGAUAUAUGUGACCCUUGACUACGACGCCAGUCUUAAAGGGUUAGUUAGGCUGUCUUUACUCGCCUACGGAGCAUGCUAGGUGUAUGUCACUUCAAAUCAAGCUGCAGUUAUAUUAAAAAUGGUCCUUGCACUUCUAAGCUCCAUCGUUUUGUGGUCCAGGGACACAUAUGCAGUUUAAGCUAGUGAAUUGUUUAUAACACAUAUGUGUGCUGUGUAUAUUUAUUAUAAAUAUACACAGUAUGCUGUCCUAUGUAAACAAAAACUUUGUAUGUUUGACAGCACUAAUAAAUUUUCAUAGCCGUGUAGAGUUUCAAAAACAGUCAAACAGAUCUCAAAUGACCUCGAGGUUUACUUAGGCCUACAUCAGCCCAUAAAAACAUUUAUGCAGUACAUAUCAAUGUACCAUGUACAGAACACAUUUGUUAACCGUCAAAAAGUAAGUUCCGAUUUAAAUACCGUACCCAGUCAGUACGGGAUUUUGGAUGCAUGCAGUUGUAUUUUGACUAAAAUAAUACUUUCAGAAUUAAGAUAUGUCCCAAAAACACUUCAGGAAACCAUUCUAUAAUGGUUUUUAAUGGUUAAAAGUUGAUGUUUGUA